AUGGGGAAGGUGAAGCUGCCAGGCCGCCGCCGCCGCCUAUUCAAGCUUGCCAGCAACACAUCUUCCGACGACGAGCUCGAUGUCGCCUGCAGCUGGGAGGCGGAGGAGCCGGACAUAUUUCUGGACUGCAUAGAUGAUGAAGACGAGGCAGAUCAGGAGGUGGAAAACCACCAUGACACAGACGGCGACGAGGAGGAGGAGCCACCCGACAUAUUUCUGGACUGCAUAGAUGAUGAAGACGAGGUGGAAAACCACCAUGACACCGACGGCGACGAGGAGCAGGUGGAGGUGGAGCCCGCUGACAUACUUCUGGACUGCAUAGAUGAUGAAGACGAUGCCAACCAGGAGGAGGAAAACCACCAUGACACCGACGGUGACGAGGAGGAGGAGGAGAAGGAGCCGGCUGACAUACUUCUGGACUGCAUUGAUGAUGAAGACGAUGCCGACCAGGAGGAGGAAAACCACCAUGACACCGACGGCGACGAGGAGGAGGAGGAGGACUUUGAGAUGGGGGCCGCCGCGGGAAGCGGCAGGCCGCCGUACAGGCUCCCAGCGAGGGUAUACAAGAUGUUGUACGCCCACCAGCGCGAGGGACUCGGCUGGCUCUGGUCGCUGCACUGCAUGGGAACCGGCGGGAUCCUAGGGGACGAGAUGGGACUCGGCAAGAUCAUGCAGGUUUCUGCCUUCUUGGCAGGGUUGUUCCAUUCCGGUUUGAUCAGGAGGGCGCUAGUUGUCGCCCCUAAGACAGUUCUCACUCAUUGGAUUAAGGAGCUUUCGGUUGUCGGCCUCAGCCACAUGAUCUGCGAGUACUAUGGUUCCAACAUGAAUAUUCGUGACAAUGAGCUUCAACAUGCCUUCAAGGAGGGAGGUAUCUUAUUGACAACAUAUGAUAUUGUCCGGAUCAAUUACCAUCUAAUAAGAGGUGACUUCUAUAAUGACACCGGCGACAAGGAGGAGGACUUUUGGAAUUAUGUUGUUCUUGAUGAGGCACAUUAUAUCAAGAACCCCAAUACACAAAGAGCCCAAAUCUUAGUUGAAAUACCUUGUGUCCAUCGGAUUGCCAUUAGUGGAACACCUAUUCAAAAUAACUUGAUGGAAAUGUGGGCGAUUUUCAAUUUUUGUUGCCCGGAAGCCUUGGGUGAUAAGGAAGAGUUCAGAACAAGGUAUCAACGGUCUAUCAGUCGAGGAAAUGACAAGAACGCUAGCAUUCGAGAGAAGCACAUAGGGUCAAAUGCAAGGAAGGAAUUAAGAGAACGGAUAAAGCCAUAUUUCUUGCGACGCAUGAAAAUUAAAGUGUCCCUUGAGACUGGGUUGACAGAUGAUAAAAAGCUUCCAAAGAAGGAUGGGCUAAUUAUCUGGCUGAAAUUAACAGAUUGCCAGAGACGUCUAUAUGAAGUUUUUCUGAACAGUGAGCUAGUUCAAUUUGAAUCGGAAGGAAAUCCCUUGGCUGCUCUAACAGUAUUGAAAAAAAUAUGUGAUCACCCACUGAUAUUAACUCAGGGAGCUGCUGAGGACAUCUUGGAAGGCAUGGAUGGAGAUUUUAGUACUCAGGAUAUAGUGAUGGUUGAAAAAAUGGCCAUGAACCUCGCAGAUAUGGCUCAUGAUGAUGAUGCAGUACAAUUCAGUCAGGAAGUCUCAUGCAAGUUAUCUUUUAUCCUGUCUUUGUUGCCGAAUCUUCUUGAAGAGGGCCACCAUGUUCUGAUAUUUUCUCAGACUCGUAAAAUGCUAAACCUUAUUCAGGAAGCUAUAAUAUUAGAGGGCUACGACUUUUCUCGCAUGGAUGGUGGCAUCACUGAUAUUUCCGAGAGGGAAAGGAUUGUGAAGGAUUUUCAAGAGGGCUAUGGAGGUCAAAUAUUUUUACUGACCACAAAAGUCGGUGGUCUUGGACUUACACUCACCAAGGCAGCUCGUGUCAUACUAGUCGAUCCUGCUUGGAAUCCAAGUACGGAUAAUCAGAGCGUUGAUCGGGUUGAUCGAAUUGGACAGACCAAAGAAGUGCUUGUGUACCGCUUAAUGACCUCUGCAACUGUCGAAGAAAAGAUGUAUAAAUCGCAGGUCCUCAAGGGCGCUUUGUUUAGGGCAGCCACGGAGAAGAAAGAACAGAGACGUUACUUCAGCCAGAGUGAAAUUCAAGAGCUUUUUAGUCUGCCGAAACAAGGUUUUGAUGUUUCUCUUACCCAGAAACAAUUGCAAGAAGAGCAUGGAGAGCAGCUUGAUAUGGACGAGUCGUUGCGGGAGCACAUCCAGUUUCUGGAGAAGCAAGGAAUAGCAGGUGUGAGCCAUCACAGCCUCCUAUUUUCAGAAACAGAAAUCUUGCCGAUGCUGAGUGAGAACGAUGCUCCGGGCAGGGGUGCCCAUGCUAAGCCAAAGGUCGAUUGCUUCAAUGCUAAAACACACUUGGCAGGCAAGAACACAGAUUCAGAUAUCCCCGAAGAAAUCAACCGGCUGUCGGAAACCUUCGCAAGCACGACGCUGGAGCCGAGGCUGCCUCAGUGUGGAGACAGGACACAUGGUUUGGAUGACGAAAAGCUGGUGGUGAUCGCCGAGUCGUCGUCGUCGCCGUCCAAGGAAGUGGUCUGCUAA